AUGAAGCGGGUCCUCACCUUUGGCAACCAUCACGACGCCGCAAUCGGCGGGGAAAAGAGACUGAAGACACCCAUUAGCGACCGGGAUUUGCCAGAUAUUAGUCUUCAACGGAAAACGACUGCCGAAUAUACCAUUGGAUGGAUAUGUGCCGUGACCACAGAGUAUGUGGCUGCACAAGUCAUCCUUGAUGAAAUACACGAGGGACCAGAACAGGUCUCUCACGCCAACCAGAGCGAUUACACGCUUGGCCGCAUCGGAAAGCACAAUGCCGUUAUUGCUACUUUGCCAUAUGGAGAAUAUGGGACAGCUUCAGCAGCGACUAUUGCGGCAGACAUGUCGCAUAAUUUCCCCAACGUCAAGAUUCGCCUAAUGGUUGGCAUUGGAGGCGGCGCGCCCAGCAAACGAAACGAUAUUCGCUUGGGCGACAUUGUCGUCAGCGCUCCUAGUAAUGGUAAGGGUGGUGUUUUGCAAUACGACUUUGGCAAGACUAUUCAAGAUCAACCCUUUCAGCCAACGCGAUUUCUCGAUCAGCCACCCAUGGUCCUAAGAACCGCGAUGAGUGGUUUGGCAGCGCAAUAUGAACGCGAAGGGCAUUGCAUUGAGCAGACCAUCAAUGACAUUGUGGGAAAGAUUCCAAGACUACAGGAAAAAUACAGCCGACCCCAUGAGAGCACUGAUAGGCUAUACUGCAGUACAUUCGUUCAUCCCCCGGACAAUGACCUCGAUUGUGAGACACACUGUGACGGCAGCUCAUUGAUCACCCGACCAAAACGAACACAAGAGAGAAGUGGCUCGAAUAUUCACUAUGGACAGAUUGCUUCUGCAAAUCGAUUAAUGAAAGACGCUAUAGUCCGAGAUGAAUUGUCUUCAAAAUAUGAUAUAAUGUGCUUUGAGAUGGAAGCCGGCGGCCUCAUGAAUCAGUUUCCCUGCUUGGUCAUUCGAGGUAUAUGCGACUACUCAGACUCACAUAAGAAUAAAGCGUGGCAGGGUUAUGCCGCGAUGGCAGCCGCAGUGUAUGCAAAAGACCUUAUCAACCGACUCCCCUCAAUUGACUCGAGCGCUCUACAAAGCACAAACAACUCAUCCUCAAGUCAACUUCACCUACAAGAAGAAAGGCCACAUAUAGUCACCGCCGAGCAGAUGAAUGCACUACUAGAGUCUCUACGGUUUGAUCAAAUUGAGGCUCGUCAAAUGACCAUUAAAAACGCUCACGCCAAGACAUGUCGGUGGCUGCUGUACAAGUCUGAAUACAUCAACUGGUUAGACACAACCAAAAUUAACGAGCACCGUGGAUUUCUAUGGAUUAAAGGCAAGCCUGGAACUGGAAAGUCAACGCUUAUGAAAUUCGCUCUUAACAGCGCAAAGAAAACAAUGAGAGACAAAACCAUCAUCAACUUUUUCUUUAAUGCACGAGGUGAAGACUUGGAGAAAUCCACUAUUGGAAUGUAUCGGUCACUUUUAUUACAACUUCUCGAAAAGCUACCAGAGCUGAGAAAUGUCCUUGAAUUACCUACAUUGACAGCACGACCUGGCGGAGAGUAUCGCUGGACCACGGAAAUAUUGACGAAUUUAUUGGAUCAAGCUAUUCAAAGCCUCAAAGAAUCGAGUAUUGUCUGUUUCAUUGAUGCUUUGGAUGAAUGCGACGAGAACCAAAUUCGCAAUAUGAUCAAGUUUUUUGAACGCGUUGGUGAAUCACCUACAGCUGGAAAUUUUCGUGUCUGCUUUUCGAGUCGUCAUUACCCUCAUGUCUCAAUUUCGAAAGGGAUAAAUCUGAUCCUCGAAGGCCAGGCAGAACACACCCAAGACAUGAUUAGCUAUGUCGAUAGCGAACUGAAGAUUGGGAAUAGUGCCCUUGCGAACCAAAUCCGCGCCGAACUUCAAGAAAAAUCCUCGGGUGUCUUUAUGUGGGUUGUUCUGGUUGUUAAUAUUCUGAACAAGGAACACGAUAAAGGCCGAAUUCAUGUCCUAAGGAAAAGACUACAAGAGAUCCCUGCAGAUCUCCAUGAAUUAUUCCGCGACAUUUUAACUCGCGAUCGACAGGAUGCUGAUGAGUUGCUCCUCUGUAUUCAGUGGGUGCUUUUCACGAAACAACCUUUGCGGCCGGAACAAUUAUACUUUGCCAUGCUAUCCAACGUUCUAUAUAAGUGGAACCCGAAUGAAAUUUGUCAGAGACAGCGGCGUGCGAGAGAGUAA